AUGUCUCAACUCGCCCCGAGUCAAAGAACCGCACGAGCAGCUUUAUAUAACCUCGGGUCAACAGCCUGGCAUCCCGGCGCCCUUGAUCAAGUACAUCUUGUGACCGAGCCAGUGUUCUCGCAAUCCAGUCUAUUUCCACUGGCAGCCGAGACAACAGCCUGGCACCCUAGGUCCCACGCUCGACUUCCCUUUGCGACCGAGCCAGUGGCCUUGCAGUUCACUCCUUUCUUACCUGCAACUGAGCCACCGGUCUGGCAUUCCAAUACCCAAGCACAACUUCCCUUUGCGACUGAACAACCAGUCCGGUCCAAAGAGCAAUUAUCAUAUGCCACUGAGCCCCUCCUCACGCAUUCUGAAUCCCUGACCGCACGUUCCCUGCUGCCGAAUUACCCAAAUAUAUCCGAUGUCGAACAUGAAUGCGAUAUUAUAAGUAUUAUGGACGGGAUACACAGCUGUAUAGGGAACCUUGACUUCCACGCUGCAGCUUCACUAUUAAAAUCGAUAGAGAGUGCCAGCCUCUAUAGUCAUCAUGCUAGAUAUUACCCAGAUCUACAGUUUGAUUACAAACAAUACAUCCAGCAAAAGGGGCCGGGUGAAUUGACAGUACACGAAUUCUGGAAAACGUACAAUCUUUGCUGGAUAGCCUUUACCAAGGCUACAGACAUUGACCUACUUGAGGACUUAGGGGACACUCUUAUACUUAUCUGUGAUGGUCUUGAAGGGAAAGGUCUGGUGGACUACCAGAUAGGUAUUUGGGAAGAAAUCAUUGUCGCCUGUUUUAUUAAAAGGAAUAGAGAAAGAAAGCUAAAUGUAUGGGAGAGAGGGUGA